UUUGUAUUUGAACUCAAUGACUAGGGUUCAAUCCUGACUCUGGAUGCUUUUCAAAUAGUUUGCACGCUCGCUGUCUAACCAUGUGGGUGUUCCAGGUGCUCUUGUUUGCUGCUAUAUCAAAACAAAUGCUGAUUGUUUUCACCAUAUGUUAAUGUGAAGAGUGAACAGUAAAUGGUUAAUCUUACUGCGAUCUGGUUUCAUUGACUGUGGUUUAUCCGGACGUUGAAUUCGGCGUUAUUAGUACACCCGAAGGAGAACGUUACAGUGAAAAAGCGGCAUUAUCAGGUGUUUCAAGUGCUGCAAUGUCAGCUCAAUCCAGCAUCAAGUCGACACCGCCCAGCGACAAGGGCAGUAAACUGACAUCAAGUAAGCCCACCCAGGCGUUAUCAGGUGUUCCAAGUGCUGCAAUGUCAGCUCGAUCCGGGAUCAAGUCGAUGGCGCCCAGCGACAAGGGCAGUAGAACGACAUCAAGUAAGUCCACACAGGCAAGAGCCAAGGCAGAAGCCGCCAAGGUGCGACUGCAUUACGCCAAACAAAAGGCAGUUUUGAAAAUGAAACUGGCCAUCAGAGAAGCCGAAAUCCAGAAAGAAGCCGAAAAGGCUGCCAGAGAAGCCGAAAGGGCCGCCAGAAAGGCAGAAACCGCCAAGGUGCUACUGCGUUACGCCAGACAAGAAGCAGUUUUGAAAAUGAAACUGGCCACCAGAGAAGCCGAAAGGGCCGCCAGACAAAGAGAAGAGGCUGCCAGAGAAGCCGAAAUCCAGAAAGAAAGGGCCGCCAGACAAAGAGAAGAGGCUGCCAGAGAAGCCGUAAUCCAGAAAGAAAGGGCCGCCAGAGAAGCCGAAGAGGCCGCCAGACAAAGAGAAGAGGCUGCCAGAGAAGCCGUAAUCCAGAAAGAAAGGGCCGCCAGAGAAGCCGAAGAGGCUGCCAGACAAAGAGAAGAGGCCGCCAGAGAAGCCGAAACCCAGUUGGAAAUGGCAAAAAUAUCGACAGAGUUGCAAGUGCUGCAGCGAGAAAGAGAAGAAGAAGCUGCCAUGGCGGAAGCAAAGUACAUAGAAGAAGCUGAAGGGUCGCGUGAUCUGACCGCAGUAAGAUCUACUUUAGAAGGGACCAGACUGGAACGCACAAGCGACUAUGUACAAUCUCAAAUAGACAGGCAGGCUCGUCUCCCCUCUCCAUACAUAUUCGAUAACUUCCCCAGCUACGAGGAACCUCAGAGAGUCACGAUUGCAUCACAUCCAUACGAGGAAGGAAAUUUACCCUCACGGCUCCGUGAUGAAGUCAAGAAUGAAAGAACCGACAACGCUCCUUCACCCCCACAACAGGACGGCGGGGAGGGAGAGGUUCACUCCAGGACAACAAUUGUCAGCUCGAACUGUACAGAAGUUUGCGGUCAAACUCAGUCAAGCCGUUCUUGUUCCGAGAUCUGCCUCACUGAGGUGUACCCUAAAGAAGCACAACAAGACAUUACCAAGCGUAAAGUAACCGACGAGACGCUAGGUCAGUCAGUUUUCGUUCAAACCGAGGACGGAAACAAACUUGCACAAUCAGCUCAAGAUACCAUUUCUUUAAAACCCAAAGACACCAAGGUCUUCAGAGAUGAAGCAAAUAAUGGGGUUGCCCCAUUGCCUAUCAGAGAACCAUGCCAGCGCUCAUCAGGUAACAAAGAGCAGGCAGUCAAACGGUUCACGUCCUUACGGAAAACCCAGAAAAGGAAACCUGAGAUGCAGCAACGCACCCGAUUGGCCCACGAGGUACUGUGCACCCUAAUGGCAGAGGUCACAGCCAUUAUAAACGCACAAUCAUUCCUACCUGUGUCUUCUGACCCAGAAAACCCCUUUAUACUUUCGCCAUCAACGCUCCUUACGCAGAAGGCAGGAGCACCUCCUCCACCAGGAGACUUCUCAGACAAGGAUUUGUACACAAAGCAAUGGAGACAAGUCCAGGCUCUGGCAAAUCAGUUCUGGCCUCGCUGGAGACAAAAAUAUCUACCUUUGUUGCAACAGAGACAAAAGUGGACAGAACCCCGAAGGAAUCUUCAAGUUGAAGACUUAGUCCUGCUCAGGGACAAGCAAGCCACCCGCAACAGCUGGCCAAUGGCCAGAAUCACUGCUACAUUCCCUAGCGAGGAUGGACAUGUCAGGAAGAUCGAAUUGAAGACUACCGACCAAGGCGAUGUGAAAAUUUACCAAAGGCCAGUUACAGAAGUUAUUCUACUUCUACCCAAUGACUGAUUAAGAGACUAAGUUUGUACUCUGCUCAUUGUGACCUUACGAAGGUCAAGCGGGGAGUGUGCUGUCUUUACGACAGUUAUUUAGUUUAUAAUAUUUUCGCUUAGUAAUUCAUUCAAUAGUAUUUUCUAGUUAGAAUUAGAAGUGUUUAAAGUAUAUUCAUUGCAUGUAAAAUAUAUCGGCAUGCGAUGACGUCACAUCCGGUUUCGCCGCGUCUUGUGGGAAAACACCGGUUUGAAAUUAGCGCGAGGGUGGGGGCUUACCACGAGGCUCACCUGAGCAGAAGUUGUUUUGCAGGCAUGAGAAAUCACAGUGAGAGCAACGCUGUAAGUUAAUAGAUAAUCGAUAUAUUGAACUAAGAUGUUAAUGCCGAUCCUGUUAGAAGUAACGACGGUAGAUAAUGUUUAUGCUUUCGUUAGUUAAAGAGUCGCGGAUAGUUUGCAUGGAAGUGUAUUUAAAGUAGUCAAUGGAGCAGGUAAACUCUCCCUGUAUACUGCACCUUAGUGUAAUGUAGUUAUAGUCACCUUUGCAAGUAUUUACACUUGAAAUGUGAUAUUAAGGAAGGAACAAAUACUGUAUCAAUCUUGUAUUGUUUUAUCAACAGUUUUCACCAUAUGUUAAUGUGAAGAGUGAACAGUAAAUGGUUAAUCUUACUGCGAUCUGGUUUCAUUGACUGUGGUUUAUCCGGACGUUGAAUUCGGCGUUAUUAGUACACCCGAAGG